AUGUCUAUCAACUUAAAGGUGGCUAUUAUUGGUGGAGGCCUCAUCGGUCCCCGUCACGCCCAAUCUGUUAUAUCGAACCCAUCUACAGACUUAGUCGGCCUUGUAGAUCCUGCGCCAACAGGAGAGGCCGCCGCCGCCAAAUUGAAUACAGCCUAUUUCCCUUCUAUAUCAGCGCUAUUGGCCUCAUCCCAGAAGCCCGAUGCUGCAAUCGUCUGCACACCGAACAACACUCAUGUCCCCAUCGCAAAAGAGCUAUUGGCAGGCGAUGUCCACGUUCUUCUAGAGAAACCCUUUAGCGACACUCUGGAAACAGGUCGGAGCCUCUUGGAAUUUACUAAAGCCCCUGAGAACACGCACCUCAAGCUUUUGGUUGGUCACCAUCGUCGCUUUAAUCCCUAUGUACGCGCGACAAAGUCAGUCCUUGAUGCGGGGUCUCUGGGCCGCACUAUCGCGGUGAACGGCCUGUGGACCAUCUACAAACCCGCUGCAUACUUUGCGGCACCGACGGACUGGCGUGCAUCUCGGGAUCGAGGCGGUGGCGUGAUCCCCAUUAACCUCGUCCAUGAUAUCGAUCUGAUGCAUCACUUUUUCGGUCCCAUCGUUCGUGUACAAGCUGAGAAGAUUAUUCCCCAACGCCCAAGUCCACCCCAUGAUGCAGAUGAGGGGGCAGCAUUGACUCUACGCUUUGCAUCCGGUGUUGUGGGAACAUUCCUAGUCUGUGACUCUACGCCUUCGCCAAACAACUUUGAAACAGGAACCGGCGAAAAUCCAAUGAUUCCACCUUCCUCGACAGGUGGCGGAUCGGACUUCUAUCGUAUCUUUGGGUCAGAGGCUUCACUUAGUGUUCCCGAUCUUACGCGGUGGAGCUAUGAUGGGAUGCCGGAGAAGAGUUGGACACAGAGUUUGAAGGCAGAGAAGAUUACUCUGCCAGAUGAUGCGGCCCCAUUUGACUUGCAGCUGGCGCAUUUUGUGGAUGUUAUUCGCGGGGAUGCGGAGCCUAGUUGCCCUGCGGAAGAAGGCCUGAGGGCUUUGAUUGUGUGUGAGGCUGUUCAAAAGGCGAUGUCUACUGGUCAGCCCGUUGACAUUGCGGUCGAUUUGCUUGCUUAA